AUGGAUGAAAAGGAACUGGAUUAUGAAUCGCUCCCAGAGAGUGCUCCAUUAUCAUACCAGCUUAUUGCGGGUGCAUUCGCUGGAGUCAUGGAACAUACCAUUAUGUUUCCAAUAGAUGCUAUUAAAACUCGAAUGCAAGCCGCUGGGAAUAGUACAGCUGGAAAAUUCAAUAAAAUAUCGCCCAAUAUGCUGGCGUAUAUAUCUAAGAUUUCUACUACUGAAGGUUCUUUCGCUUUGUGGAAAGGUGUUCAGUCAGUGAUAUUGGGUGCUGGUCCAGCACACGCGGUUUACUUUGCUACUUAUGAAGUAUGCAAAGCUCAUCUAAUUGAUCCAGAGGAUGUACAUACUCACCAGCCUUUGAAAACGGCGGUCAGUGGGAUGGUUGCCACUAUUGCAGCAGAUGCCUUAAUGAACCCCUUUGAUACUAUAAAACAAAGGCUCCAGCUACAUCCCAACGAUUCUAUGUUCCGGUGUGCAGUGAGAAUAUAUCAAAAUGAAGGCCUUGCGGCAUUUCACUAUUCUUACCCGACGACUCUAGCGAUGAAUAUUCCAUUUGCUGCAAUUAACUUUGUGAUUUACGAGUCUACUACAAAAUUUCUCAAUCCUCAAAAUACAUACAGUCCCUGGAUACAUUGUCUGUGUGGUGGUAUUUCCGGUGCCACCUGCGCUGCCAUAACUACUCCAUUAGACUGCAUCAAGACAGUGCUUCAAGUUCGGGGAUCAGAUGUCGUUGACAAGCAAAUAUUUAGAGACGCUAAUACAUUCAAAAAGGCAGCAUCUGCGAUAUAUCAGACUUAUCGAUGGAAAGGCUUCUUUAGAGGUCUAAAGCCAAGGGUUAUAAGUAACAUGCCUGCCACUGCAAUUUCGUGGACAUCUUAUGAAUUUGCAAAACACUUCCUAUUUUCGUGGACCCCCUGA